GGCUCCGUUUGUUCUCUUCUUCUCCCCAUCAAAAACCCUAGCAAAGAAGAAAAACUAAUCAAAAGUCAAAACCGCCUUCUUCGUCCCCAAUCUUCAGCUUUUAACUCCCGGAAAGGGAAGAAGCUGCAAGCCUACAACCUUUCACAAUCUCCAGUUUCCUUUCCAUCAGCCUUCUUCAUCCCUCGCGCCCUUGCCGGUGAGAAUCCAUCAUGGUGAAGAAGAGCAAGAAGAGUAAGAGUAAGAGGGUGACGCUGAAGAAGAAGCACAAGGUUAUCAGGAAGGUGAAGGAGCAUCAUAAGAAGAAGGCCAAGGAAGCUAAGAAGUUGGCUCGUACUGGUAAGAAGAAGGUCGAGAAAGACCCGGGGAUUCCCAAUGAUUGGCCCUUUAAGGAACAGGAGCUCAAGGCCCUUGAAGUUCGUCGUGCCCGUGCUAUAGAGGAAUUGGAACGGAAGAAAGCUGAGCGCAAGGAACGGGCUCGAAAGAGGAAAUUGGGCAUACUCGAGGAAGAUGAUACUGCUGUCAUGGAACUUGCGGAGGUGGAUAGGAAGCAGGUGGUUGAAGUCGCAAGAAACCGGGAUAGUUCAGAUAAAGUAUUCUAUAAGGAGUUGGUUAAAGUCAUUGAAGUAUCAGAUGUCAUUUUAGAAGUUCUUGAUGCCAGAGAUCCAUUAGGCACCCGUUGUAUUGAUAUGGAAAAGAUGGUGAUGAAAUCAGGUCCCGAGAAGCAUCUCGUAUUGCUUCUGAAUAAAAUUGAUCUUGUUCCGCGAGAAGCAGUCGAAAAAUGGCUCAAGUACCUGAGGGAAGAGCUACCAGCAGUUGCCUUCAAGUGUAGUACUCAAGAGCAGAGGUCGAAUUUGGGCUGGAAAUCUUCCUCCAAGACAGCAAAACCAAACAAUCUUCUGCAAACAAGUGAUUGCCUUGGAGCUGACACUCUCAUUAAGUUGCUGAAAAAUUACUCUAGGAGUCAUGAUAUCAAGAAAUCCAUAACAGUAGGUAUUAUUGGUCUACCUAAUGUGGGUAAGAGCAGUCUCAUUAACAGUCUGAAGAGAAGCCAUGUUGCAAAUGUUGGUGCCACCCCUGGAUUGACAAGAUCAUUGCAAGAGGUUCAAUUGGACAAGAAUGUUAAAUUGGUAGACUGUCCGGGUGUUGUCAUGCUUAAAUCUCAGGAAAAUGACGCAUCUAUUGCCCUUCGAAAUUGCAAACGAGUCGAAAAGUUAGAUGAUCCCGUCAGUCCAGUGAAAGAAAUUAUCAAGCGCUGUCCAGAAAGGCUGCUGGUGACACUAUACAAGAUCCCAAGUUUUGAUACAGUUGACGAUUUCCUGCAAAACGUUGCUACAGUAAGAGGGCGGCUAAAAAAGGGUGGUAUAGUUGACAUUGAAGCUGCAGCUAGAAUUGUCCUGCAUGAUUGGAAUACUGGGAAGAUUCCAUAUUAUACCAUGCCUCCAACCAGGAAUCAGGAAGAAGCUUCAGAGGCAAAGAUUGUUUCCGAGUUAGGCAAGGAGUUUAAUAUUGAUGAAGCCUACAAUGGUGAAUCUUCAUUUAUUGGAAGUCUGAAGUCUGUUAAUGACUUCCUUCCUGUUGAAGUUCCUUCAAGCAGCCCCCUCAAUUUUGACGAGAGCAUGUUAGAGGAAAACCUCGAACCUGAAGCAUCAGGUAGAGCUGAAGAACGCUCUGACAAAAUGAUGGAAGGUGAAGAUGACGAAGAUAUGGGUACCGAUGCUGGAGAUGCCAGCAAGGUGAUUAACUCAAAGAACGCAACCUCCAGACAAAACGAGAAGCUGUAUGCCGUAGAACGCAUGGUGAACAACAAGAUGAAAAAAGCCGAGAAGAAACGGAGGAAAAAAUCUACCAAAGUGGAUGCCAUGGAUGCCGACAAUGAUGACUAUGACUUUAAAGUUGAUUAUAAGAAGGGUUCAGCCAUGGAUGCCGAUGGAGAAGACGAGGACGAUGAUGGCCACCAGAUAAUAGGAAAGGUGCCGAUGGCUGAUGUUCAGUUUCCGGAUGAUGAGUGAUCGUUUUGAAGGAGAUAUCCUGAGCCCCUCCUUUUUGAUUUGUUUUUGGAUGGAAAGCACGGCGGGUUUGGCAAUCAAUGAAUGCCUACAGUUUUGAGCGUAUCUAAACCAGCAGACUGCCUUUUUCAGUUCCAUAUUUGUAAUAUGUACGAAUGCAGCCGGCCGACCAAUCGAUUUGUCAUUGCUUUUUCAGCUACCGAUCUAAUCAAGAAGAGAGAUUUGGUUUGGAUAUAUUUUAUUUCAUAUGAAAUGAGACUGUGAAUGAAGAAGUUACAAACAU